UAGAUUUUCAGUAACCGCAGUGCUCCAGCCACACCCAAACAAAACAUACAGCAGGAAGCAGUGCAGACAAGACAGGACACCAGGAGCAUGGACGUGACCUGUGAAGAGCAGCGGGCAGACAACCUUCACGCAACGUUGACGCUCAGUGGAGUCCCACACAUCUGCCAUGUUUAUUUACAUGGCGCACGGCGUCCUACGUGGACGAUGUCAGUAACAGAUGGCCUCCGCAAUACAUGGGCACACCAUUUUGACGUUGCAUCUCUGAACCAACACCGCACCGCGUGUCGGAUCGAUAGCUGGCGUGUAUAUUUUGAAACAAUUCGGAAGGCGUUCGUGGCGGAGAGAGAUGUGCACAUCGCGCUCGGUGGUUCUGGUCAAUGCAUCGUCAAAAUUCAACGACCUGGCGCGAGUGAUGAUCUUGUGUAUCAGCUUGAAACGCUUCAUGGGGACGAUGCAGUACGACAGGUCCAAGCCGUCCUGCUGCGAAUGGCGGAGGGAACGUCCAGUCCUCUGUACAACAAGACAAUGGAUAGCUUACACGACUGUCGGCGGCAACUGCUGGCUGCCCAGCAGCAGGCAGCGUCGUCAACGCUGGACACUUCCUUUGAUGAGGACUACACAGCGACACUGGGCACCUACGCAGCAGAUACACACGAAGACGACGACAACGAUGAGGGGGAUCACGCGUCCAAACGCGCGCAUACUUCAGCACCGGCACGCAAAGGCGGAUACAGGAACUUGCUCAACCCCAGCGACCGCAGGAGGGGCAAGGCGACGGGAGUUCAAUUUGACAACACAUCAUCAGACUCUGACUCUGAUUGAGGGUGCCGCUGUGACGUUUUUACAAUAGUCAUCCCAUGAAUGAUGUCAUGUGGUGUUGAUUGCGCUGAAGCUCCAACUCACACGAACACAUGUACACUCCAGUGUGUCCCUCCCGCUCUCUGUGCCAUCUUGUGCCAGAGCCGCUUUCCGUCUCGACUUUUGCGCAUGCUUGCUUGCUCUCGUUCUUGUGUAUGCAACAAGGGCCUAACGAACCAUAGCGAGACUGAGAAAAAUAGCAAAGAAAGCAAAACUGGAAAGCAUAAAAAUGUG